GCCGCCGCCGUCGCCGCCGGGGAGCAUGUCCGCGAGUCGGGCCAAGAAAGUGAAGAUGGCCACCAAAUCGUGCCCCGAGUGCGACCAACAGGUUCCUGUUGCAUGUAAAUCAUGUCCCUGUGGUUACAUAUUUAUUAGCAGAAAACUUUUAAAUGCAAAGCACCCAGAGAAAUCACCACCUUCUACAGAAAACAAGCAUGAGGCCAAGAGGAGGCGCACAGAGAGAGUUAGGAGAGAGAAGAUAAAUUCUACAGGAAAUAAGGAUUUAGAAAACAGAAAGAGGUCUCGAAGUAACAGCCAUUCAGAUCAUAUCAGACGAGGAAGAGGAAGACCUAAAAGUGCAUCUGCCAAAAAGCAUGAGGAAGAAAGAGAAAAACAGGAAAAGGAAAUUGACAUCUAUGCUAACCUCUCUGAUGAAAAGGCUUUUGUGUUUUCAGUCGCCUUGGCAGAAAUAAAUAGAAAAAUUAUCAAUCAAAGACUUAUUCUCUGAUGUUUGUCUGCAGAAUGUGUUGAAACUUUCUUCAGGAUUACAUCAGCAAAUUCUCAAAACAGCUGUGGACUCUCAGGAGCAUUCUGACGGCAUCAGUAAGGGCCCGUGACAGUUGCCUGUCACUGAGCCUGUGCCACACUUUGGGAGCAAAGCUGUAGGCUUGGACUGUUCUGGGAUUUCCUUGGUUCCCAAGGAGCAUUGUCAGUGUUCUGUGUCUGAGAUAUACGUAAGUGUAUUUACAAAAACAAAACAAAAAAACUGGUGACUGUUAAAGGUGAAAGGGGUAGGGAUGGGAGCAGAAGUAUGAAAACUAGGGAAAUAAAUGCUUGAUGAUUUUCGGGUUUGCCACCAGAGAUGCAAUAUUUUAAAUACUUUGAGAAAAGAAUGGCUUUUAAAAAUAUAUAUUUCAGAUUUUCAGCACUAAUGGAUUACAUAUAUACGGUUCAUUUGCUCUUAGCAAAUUGGCAAUUGGUAUUUUAUUGAAUGGGGAAUUAAUAUAAAUUGUAAAUUUUGUCUUAAAUUGAUUUUUUUCUUGGCCUUUAUUUUUAUGACUUAAGGUAUGAGUUAUAUUUUGGGACAUACUUUCUAGACAGUUUGGAGUUUUGGGUGCUAUAUUAAGAAAAACAUUUAAGGCUAUAUGAUACUUCAGAUAUAAACACCUUGCUUUCUUGAAUGUAAUUUAUUUAAUGAUUAUAAAAAACAACAACACUUUCUGCUCUCAGGAUGGUGCCUGUUAAUGUAAACAUUAAAUAUAUUUAUUACAUGCAAAAUAUUUCUUAUCCACUUUUAAGCAGUAAUGUUUUGUCUGAAUGGAUGUUCAUUUAUGCAUCCUGAUAAUUAUUUAAAUUGUUACUUAACCUCACUCUGAAAAAAAAAAUAAACCUUAAUAUUUAAAC